UCAGGGACAACCCCAUGAACUUCCCCGACAACUUCGCGCUGCUUGCAGAGAUGCCAGCUAGGGCCGACGAGCCUUGGUGUGAGACGUGUGGUCUUCGGUUCCGCGGUGCCUGUGCCGACGCCGCGCACAGGCCUUGCAGCGUGCGCCAGAGGCGUGUUCGGCAGGAGCAGCGCCAGGCUGACCAGCAAGUUCUCCAGGACCUGCAGGAAGGUCUUCAGAACCUGCAGCUAGGCCUCCAGGAUGUUCAGCGUGAGAUGCAGGACUUGCGGCAGACCCAAGAUCAGCUUUUGCGCAAGGUCAAGGAUCUGCAGCUGACUGGAACUGCGGCACCACCCCCACCAUCCCUGGAAAUUGAUGUGUGGAAACUAAGCCCGAGCGAGGAAAACGACCUGCUUGUCGGUGACCGCUUGGCUCGGGUCCGAAAGCUCACAGGGCUGCACUGCUACAACGUCGAGAGGAGCAUGGCCGUGCUCAUGAAACUCAACCCGCACGUCGAGGAGCUUGGGUUGAGGCAGGCAGAGCUGCCGCAACUCCGCUUUGUUCAAGGCAUGACCUCUCUGCGCAAGCUGGUCCUGGAACUCUCCUCCCUUAUUCAGUUCGCCGAGUCAUACGAAAUCCCGGAUUUACCGUUGCAGUUGGAGGAACUGGUAGUGCGAGAAUUCAGGCGGAAUCACCUCCAGUGCUUGCCCAAUAUGCCCAAGUUGCGCAGGCUGGUGCUGGGGUCUCACAACCGUGACACGUUUGACUUCACUGGAGUCGCGUGGCAGUGCGGCCUUCAGUAUCUCAAGGUGGCCACGCGGAGCCUUCCCACCAUCGUUUCAUUGGUGCGCGCUCACGCCGCCACGCUCGAAGAACUGGAAGUGCACGGAGCGUCGCGGCCAGGCCCGUGCUUCCACAAGGGCCUGCCCAGCAAGCUGCAUGCGUGCGGGCUUCUCGCCCUGAGGCGUUUCACUCUGCGCCGCAACGAACAUCAACACGAGUCUACUUCGUGCUCGCUACAGCUGUCUUUCUGCAGAGGACUUUUCGGGCCAACCGUCGAGGUGCGGUGCACCGAGUGCAACGAAGAAUAGGGGGAGGCUGCCCUGUUGAAGCACCAGCGUCCAAAUGAACCGGAACGGUGAUAUUAUUCUUCAAGCUCCUGGGUUGUGAUUGUGAGUGAAGAUGAGAGGAUGAGGUUUGGAUUCAUGUUCGUGUACCGAUAUAUGCAUCCAAUUCCAUAUUGCUUUUUGUUUUCUUGUCUUUUCAUUAUAAUAUUCAAUGAAAUUAUGAGUGAAAUCCAGCACAAGGAAAAGUGAUUAUAGGAGCGAAAAGAGAGUUUAUCUACAGAAAAUCAUGUGCACUAGUAAAAAUGUGGUAACCUUAUGUUAGAUUUAAAAAAAAAUUGUAAAUAAAGUUAAACUAGAAAUAAAUUU